AUGAAACCAAAUAUGUAUAGUAAUAAUCAAAGACCUCCAAGUACGACCAAGGAUAAAAUGCAAGCACAAGGAUUGCCCAAUUACCCCUUAUUACUUAAUAAAACCUAAUCCACACCAUCAUCUCAGGAGAUCAAAUCUGGCUAUACAUACUCCUCAUAUGGAACUUCCACACUGAACACCCAACCACAAUAUGUUAGUUUUUCUUAUUUAUUUGAGUAGACCAGACCUUAUGAAUAGUACGGCUAAAAACUAUAUCCAUAUUAAAUCAAUUAAUAACAAUCAUCGAGUGGUAUGACCACUUCACUAUCGACUACUCAAAAGACCAAUUCAACAAUUUCAUCCAUGUCGCAGUCUCAACCAGAAUAAUAACAAUCAACAAAAUAUACGUAAAAUGUCAGCAAAGGCAUAUGCGGAUUGAGAAAUAUUGGCAAUACCUGUUUCAUGUAAUUGUAUAUAAUUAUAUUCAGGAAUUCAGUUCUGCAAUGCUUACUCAACCUUCCUGCCUUUAAUGAACACUUCUUAAAUGGAGAUUACCUAAAAGACUUGAAUUCCAAAAACAGCUCUGUCCCAAACGAGUACAGCAAACUAGUUUCCACUGUCAGAAGCACUCCAAACUUUCAAUCCAUUGCUCCAUAUGGAAUUAAAUCUGCAGUUGGUAAUCUCUCUGUGCUUAUUAGUAUUUUCUAUUAGAAAAUGUUAUGCCCUGUUUCAGAGGCUAUGCUCAAUAAGAUGCUCAAGAAUUUUUGGUUGCACUCCUAGAUGGUCUCAGUCUUGGCUUGAACAGAGUGAAGAGUAAAUCAACCUAUAAAGAAAUGACUGACAAUCUCAAUGGAAGAACAUUACAAGACUUAGUAACUUACAUUUUCAUUUUUAGAGCAAAGAGUGGUGGGAUUAUUCAAAAAGCAGAGAAAAUAGUUUAGUUCUAGAUUAUUUCUAGGGAUAAUUGUUGCACACAAUCAAAUGCUCCUAUUGUAACAAUAGUUCAUAUGCAUUUGACACUUUUUUGGAUACGUCUUUAGCAUUUACUAGAGCAUUUAAAAUAUUGGAAGACAUGGAUUUAGAUAGAUUAUUAGAUAAAUAUGUAAUUGAAGAAACUAUUGAUGACUAUUAUUGUUCAAAAUGGUAUUUAAUUUAUCGUUAUUGUUUGUUGAAGCAAAAAGCAUUAGAAAGUAAAACGCAAAUUUACAAUUUGGAGAUUGCCUCACAUUUUGAUGUUUCAUAUCAAAAGAUUUGAUUACAGAAGAUUUUCGAGUGACAAAUUAAAUCAUCGAGUCAAAUUUCCUUUGGAAUUAGAUAUGACCAAAUUCAUCCAGGAUUCACGUAAGACAUUCUUAAUUUUAGUCGACUAGUCUACCAAAAAUUGUUAAUAUUCCUUGUGUGGAAUUGUAAAUCAUAGUGGAACAUUGUAUGGAGGACACUACACAGCGUAUUUAUUACUUAUAUAUAUUAAUAAAGUGACAGUUUGAAUCCAUUUAAUUUAAAAUGGUAUCGAUACAACGACUCUGACGUUAGAGAGAUUGAUGUAAAACAACAAAGAUAUGAUACUGAUGGCAGUAGUAGUCCAUACAUAUUGUUCUAUGCGAGAAAGUCAUUAUAUUGA